GUUCGAUUCAAUACCAAAUUUGACUAUUUGCCGCAACAAAGUAAUAAGCAUUUCUAUUAAUUGUAACUUCUUUAAAUUACAGUUAAACAGUUUGUAACAAAAGGACUCGGGAGGCAACGAAAGCGCUUACCCGUAGAAAAACCAUCAAUUUGGAUAACGCAAGGUCUCUCUCGCCAUACUUGGCUUCGAAUUCCCCUAAGUAGGCAGGUAUGCGUAUGACUAACAGUGUCUGAACGGGUUCGUUGCUCGCUCCGUCCUUCUUCGACCCUGUAUAUAUAACUCUGUCUCUCUCGCAUUCACGCGCUCUCUUACAAUUAGCUACCUGAGGGCACAGGCAACGAUUACUCACCACGAGGCACAUUGUUUUCAUUGUUCCGCGAGUCACGGAGUUGAUAAGAUUGAAGACUGAGAAACGAGGAGAGGACACUCGAGUUUAUGGACAUUCACGAGUGUUCAUCCGAUUUACUUCGGCUCGAAACGAGCCAUUAUUUACUUUGAUAGAACUUGAUAUAUAUCGUUCGAUAUGGUCAUUGAUUUGUUUAAAUUCAGAGCAACAAUUUAAUAUAAAAUACAUGGAUCUUAUCAUUUAUAUUAAAAUAUCGAAAUAUAUAAAUUAUUAUUAUUAUUAAAAUAAUAUUAAAAUAUAUAAAUAAUUAUUAUUAUUAAAAUAUCAAAAUAUAUAAACGAUGUAUAAAGUAUUCAAAGAAGAGUGAAAGUUGCGUUUAUAAGAAUUGAAAAAUGUAUGAAAAUCUAGCAACGUGUUGCACACACCGGAUUACAAAGGGUAUACAGGCUUGUUUUCGUCGUGUUUUUUUUUUUCAAAAGUGUUUGUUGGCCGUCGAACGCGUAGCUAUUUAAACAGCCGCACCGCGGAAUCUCGAGUUUGACCUAUAAUUAAAUAUGCUAUUUUUUGCCGCAUGCCAAUUUCACUCGCAGCGCGGAAUGUCGCGUGAGAUAGAAAACGGGCGAUCGUCGUUUCGAGUUUCUUCCACGAAAACCUUCCCCCUUCAACUGAAAUGCUUCUGGAAUCAGUGCAAGCCUCACAAAAGGAGCAUCACUCGCGGGAAAUAAACAAACGCUCGUCGUACAGACUCGACAAAAAUUGGGCCCGAUGUUUGCCAGGCGGACAGUACUCUUCAGUAUUUACAACGUGAAAACACUGUGCGCUUCGGCGCCUGUGUGUACGCACAGAGUUCGCGGAACUAUAUUAAAAAAAAAAAAAGAAUAAGAAUAUUUAGUAUUUUUAUUUUAAUACUACGAACAAUAUUUACUAUUUCUUAGUCUACUCGUAUUAUAAAUAAUUUAUUAUCUAGUAAUUUAAUAUUAAAUUUGAUUUACAAAUAUGAAGAUAAAUUCAUAAAUAUUUGUAAUAAUAAUCAUAAUAUUUUUAAGAAAAUUUAUUUUUAAUUUUAAAUUUUUAUUGCAUUUGAUUGUGAAAAUAUUUAUCUUAAGUUUCACUAUUAAUUUAAUAAUGUCAAAUUUUAAGUUUAAAUUUAUUUUAAUUCUUUUUUUUAAUUUUACUUAUAUAAUUAAUAUAUGUAAAAUUAGUAAUGUUGAAUAGUUGACACUUUCACACACGUGCACUUGAUUUUGAUUGCCCAAAAUGUUGAUAUAUAAAUAAAUAAGUGAAAAUAUCUAUUAACAUUAGAAACCGUAUCGAGAUAUUCUACGUAUGAGUCACUGUAAUUUAAAUGACAAUUAAGAUGGAUAAGUUUGUACAACUGUUUGUCCAAACAGAAAUUAAUAUCAAUUUUGACAAGAGUACCCGUAUCUUUUAAACAGUUGUUAUAGUACAUUAAUAAAAUUGCAAUUAUGAAAUUGAUAUAGUAUAAUAAUAUUAAUAAUAAAAAUUGAUAUUAAUAAUAUUGUACAAUUAUUUAUAGAAUUAUUUAUAGAAUUGACAAUGAUAUUAUAUAAUUAUUUAUAGAAUUUUGAUAAUGACUAA